UUGAAGAGAGCUGAAGGAAGAAACAUGGUCUUCCAUAAGCUUCUCCUGAGAGUUGUGGUGAUUGGGGCAUUUCUGGGUCGAUACCACAAUCACAUGACAGAAGCUGUUGAUUCAAUGACGAAGCCUGAAUGUCGAAGUACUUGCGGAAACCUCUCUAUUCCAUACCCCUUCGGAUCAGCCGACAGUGAUCCCCAUUGCCGCAUCGAUCCUCCCUCAUUUAGAGUCGUCUGUGAUAACUCUACCGAUCCUCCCAUACCUUACAUGAAUAGAGGAAACGAUAACUCAUCUGACUUGCAAAUACUUGACAUUUCUCUUGAGGACCACGAGAUACGAGUAAAUGUUUCAACCACACAAGUCUGCUAUGACUCUUCCGGGGAUAGUGUGUCGAGCAGUUAUGCGGCCCUAUUCCAACUUAUGUUCCCCCUAUCCAGCACUAAGAACAAGCUCACAGCCGUCGGUUGCAACACGUGGGCAUAUUUCCGAGCCCUCAGUUGGAAGUCAUCUUUCGGGUGUACGUCUUGGUGCGGCAAUGUUUCUGAUGUCAGCAACGGGUCGUGUUUGGGGAUUGGUUGCUGUGAGACAAGCAUUCCUAAGAAUUCCUUCGGCUACAAAUCGAAGUUGGGGAUUUCCAAUCAUUCCGAUGUCGUGGAUUUCAAUCCUUGCAUCUCUGCCUUUGUCGCAGAAAGUGAUUCAUACAACUUCUCGGUUGGCGAUCUUAAGCAGCUUAAAUUUAAUAAGUCCACUCUAAUUCUCGAUUGGGCAAUAGGAAAUCAAACAUGCAAGGACGCCAAGAAGAAUGGGACGAGCUACGUGUGCAAAAACAACACCGCUUGCACUGACGCCGAAAAUGGAUCCGGAUACAAGUGUACUUGUUCAGAAGGGUACCGAGGCAAUCCUUACCUUGGUUGUCAUGAUAUUGAUGAAUGUGCGGAUCCAGAGAAUUACUCAUGUCAAGGAAAAUGCCAUAACAUUGACGGGAGUUAUACAUGUACAUGCCCAAAGAAUUAUCAUGGCAAUGGCAAGAAGGGCGGUGGAGAUGGACAAGUGUGCACUGCUAAUUCAUCAUAUUUGAUAGAGAUAUUGGUUGGUGUUGCUGGGGCCAUAAUAGCGUUGCUAUUCAGUAUAGGCUUUCUAUAUUUGGGACACAAGAAAAUGAAGCUCAUUAGGCUGAGAGAACAACACUUCAAGCAAAAUGGGGGUUUGCUUUUGCAGCAACAGUUAGAUGAACAAGACAAAACCACAAAAGUCACCAAAAUCUUUAGCGCUAAAGAGCUAGAGAAGGCCACCAACAAUUAUCAUGAGAGCAGAAUAGUCGGCCGAGGAGGAUAUGGUACCGUUUACAAAGGAUUGUUGCCAAAUGAUUUGGUAAUUGCAAUUAAGAAGUCCAAGCUUGUGGACCGAAGCCAAAUUGAACAGUUUAUCAACGAAGUCAAUGUGCUUUCUCAAAUUAAUCAUCGUAACGUGGUCAAGCUUUUAGGAUGUUGUUUGGAAACAGAGGUACCUUUAUUGGUGUAUGAAUUCGUCAACAAUGGAACUCUUUUCGAUCACAUCCACGACCCAAACAAAUCAUCAAAGUUGUCUUGGAAGAGCCGGUUGAGAAUUGCUACAGAAACUGCCGGAGUCCUCUCUUACUUACACUCCGCAGCUUCCAUUCCCAUUAUCCAUCGAGAUGUCAAGUCGGCAAACAUCCUUUUGGAUAAUAAUUACAUUGCGAAAGUUUCUGACUUUGGAGCUUCAAGAUUAAUCCCACUUGAUCAAACACAAUUAUUUACCAUGGUUCAAGGAACAUGGGGAUACUUGGACCCUGAAUACUUGCACACAAGCCAAUUGACAGAAAAAAGUGAUGUUUAUAGUUUCGGGGUCGUGCUAGUUGAGUUAUUGACAGGGAAAAAGGCACUUUCAUUCGACCGAUCGGAAGAAGAGAGGAGCUUGGCAAUAUACUUUCUUUCAUCACUGGAGAAUGGUAGAUUGUUUCAGAUUGUUGAGGAAGUUAUUGCAAAUGAAGAAAUCAAUGAGCGGGUUAUAGAGGUUGCCAAUCUUGCAAAGAGAUGCUUGGCAAUCAAAGCAGAGGAAAGACCGACUAUGAAGGAAGUAGCAAUUGAAUUGGAGGGACUUAGAACAAUGACUAACCAUCCUAGGGUAAGUAGUACAUAUGUGAAAAGGGAAGAGAUGGUUCAUAUGUUGGAAGAGAAGACCGAUGUGCACAUGGAUAUUAGUGGGACUGUGAACACCGAGUACAUGGAUAGCUUGGAAGACCAUGUCAUGCCAAUAGUCAGUACUGGGAGAUGAGAAUACUUAAGUUACCGAUACUUAUCUAGGUGUAUCGUGAUAGAUGUAUGCGUGUAUUUUAUCUUUAUAAAGGUUUUAUAUAUAACUCAGCGAUAGGAUGUGAAAAUGGUCUCAACCAUCUAUCAUAUGUUGGUGAUGCCUUGGAGAUUUGAGAGCGGGAAAAGUACCAAAAUAGUCUUAAACCUUUUGUAUCGGUGCAGAAUUCAGUCCUAAACUUUUAAUUGGACCAAUUUAGUCCUAAACCUUUUCACAUUGGUACCAAUUCAGUCCAUCCGGCUAAUUUAAGCCGGAAAUUGCUGACGUGGCCAUCGGCGGUCUUAU